CGUUGGGGCCGGAAGUCGAGAAGAGAACUCGCCGUUCCCGGCAUUCCUCGUGGGCGGGGCUUCCCUUUGACCCCGCGCUGACGUGCGGCACAUCCGGGCCUCUGUUACUAAGGCGGGGAAGAUGGAGGCGGCGGCGGCAGCGGCGGCGUUGGUCCGGGCAGAGUGGCUAAAGAACUGGGAGAAAUCAGGGAAGGGCGACUUUUUGGACUUGUGUUGGCUUCUCAGUGAAAACAGAAGCCCCGGCAGUCCGACUUACAGAGAUUUCCAGCGAGCUCUCUAUGAGUUAUCGCACCAUGUCAUUAGAGGAAAUCUGAAGCCCGAACAAGCGUCCAAUGUUUUAAAUGACAUCAGCGAAUUUCGUGAGGAUAUGCCCUCCGUUCUUGCUGAUGUCUUUUGCAUUUUAGAUAUUGAGACAACCUGCUUAGAAGAGAAGAGCAAGAGAGACUGUUUUACGCAAUUGGUAUUAGCGUGUUUGUAUUUCGUUUCAGACACGAUUCUAAAGGAACGCCUGGAUCCAGAAACAUUGGAAUCAUUAGGACUUAUCAAACAAUCACAGCAAUUCAAUCAAAGGUCAGUUAAAAUCAAGACAAAACUCUUUUAUAAGCAGCAAAAGUUCAAUUUGUUAAGAGAAGAGAAUGAAGGGUAUGCUAAGCUGAUUGCUGAGUUGGGGCAAGAUUUAUCGGGAAAUAUUACUAGUGAUUUAAUCUUAGAAAAUAUCAAAUCUUUAAUAGGAUGCUUUAAUCUAGAUCCCAGUAGAGUUUUGGAUGUCAUUUUAGAAGUGUUUGAAUGCAGACCAGAACAUAAUGACUUCUUUAUAUCCUUAUUAGAAUCUUACAUGAGUAUGUGUGAACCGCAAAUACUUUGUCAUAUGCUUGGGUUCAAAUUCAAGUUUUACCAGGAGCCAAAUGGAGAGACUCCUUCAUCUUUAUACAGAGUGGCAGCAGUGCUCCUACAAGUGAAUCUUAUUGAUUUAAAUGACCUUUAUGUACAUCUUCUUCCAGCUGAUAAUUGCAUUAUGGAUGAAUAUAAACGAGAAAUGGUGGAAGCUAAGGAAAUUGUUAGAAAGCUCACGAUGGUUGUGUUGUCUUCUGAAAAAAUUGAUAAGCCAGAGAAGGAAAAGGAAAAAGAGGAGGAGAAAGUAGAAAAGCCACCUGACAACCAAAAACUUGGUUUGUUAGAAGCCUUAUUAAAGAUUGGCGAUUGGCAGCAUGCACAGAACAUAAUGGAUCAGAUGCCUCCAUACUAUGCUGCUUCACAUAAGCUAAUAGCUCUUGCUAUUUGCAAGCUUAUUCACAUAACUAUUGAGCCACUCUACCGAAGAGUUGGUAUUCCUAAAGGUGCUAAAGGCUCACCUGUUAAUGCUUUGCAAAAUAAGAGAGCACCAAAACAAGCAGAGAGCUUUGAGGAUUUGAGGACAGAUGUCUUCAAUAUGUUCUGUUACCUUGGUCCCCACCUUUCUCGUGAUCCCAUUUUAUUUGCAAAAGUGGUGCGCAUAGGCAAAUCAUUUAUGAAGGAGUUUCAGUCUGAUGGAAGCAAACAAGAAAAUAAAGAGAAAAUGGAAGUUAUUCUUAGCUGUUUACUUAGCAUUACUGACCAGGUACUACUUCCAUCUCUUUCUCUGAUGGACUGCAAUGCUUGUAUGUCUGAGGAACUAUGGGGAAUGUUUAAAACAUUUCCAUAUCAGCAUAGAUAUCGUCUGUAUGGCCAGUGGAAGAAUGAAACUUAUAAUAGUCAUCCACUUCUGGUAAAAGUUAAGGCUCAAACAAUAGACAAAGUUAAAUAUAUCAUGAAACGUCUAACCAAGGAAAAUGUGAAGCCUUCUGGAAGACAAAUUGGGAAAUUGAGCCACAGCAAUCCAACUAUUUUGUUUGAUUAUAUCUUGUCACAAAUACAGAAGUAUGAUAACUUAAUAACACCUGUAGUAGAUUCAUUGAAAUACCUCACUUCAUUGAAUUAUGAUAUCUUGGCCUAUUGUAUCAUUGAAGCUUUAGCUAAUCCAGAAAAAGAAAGAAUGAAACAUGAUGACACAACCAUUUCAGGCUGGCUUCAGAGUCUUGCUAGUUUCUGUGGUGCAGUUUUUCGUAAAUAUCCAAUUGAUCUUGCUGGUCUUCUGCAAUAUGUGGCUAAUCAGCUAAAAGCGGGCAGAAGUUUUGACCUGCUUAUAUUGAAAGAAGUGGUACAAAAAAUGGCAGGAAUAGAAAUUACUGAGGAAAUGACAAUGGAGCAACUAGAGGCCAUGACUGGUGGAGAACAACUAAAAGCUGAAGGAGGUUAUUUUGGCCAGAUCAGAAACACUAAAAAAUCCUCCCAGAGAUUAAAGGAUGCUCUAUUGGACUAUGAUCUUGCUCUUCCCCUUUGUUUGAUUAUAGCUCAGCAGAGGAAUGGGGUGAUCUUUCAGGAAGGUGGAGAGAAACAUUUGAAACUUGUGGGAAAGCUCUAUGAUCAGUGUCAUGAUACCCUUGUACAGUUUGGUGGGUUUUUAGCAUCUAAUCUAAGCACAGAAGAUUAUAUAAAAAGAGUACCUUCAAUUGAUGUGCUCUGUAACGAAUUUCAUAUACCCCAUGAUGCAGCAUUUUUCUUGUCUAGACCAAUGUAUGCACACCAUAUUUCUUCCAAAUAUGAGGAACUUAAAAAAUCAGACAAAGGAAGUAAACAGCAGCAUAAAGUCCACAAGUACAUUACAUCAUGUGAAAUGGUGAUGGCCCCUGUCCAUGAAGCAGUAGUCUCAUUACACAUUUCCAAAGUCUGGGAUGACAUCAGUCCUCGAUUCUACGCCACAUUCUGGUCAUUGACAAUGUAUGACCUUGCAGUUCCACACAUCAGCUAUGAACGGGAAGUCAAUAAACUUAAAGUCCAGAUGAAAGCAGUUGAUGACAAUCAAGAAAUGCCACCAAAUAAAAAGAAAAAAGAGAAGGAACGCUGUAGUGCUCUUCAGGACAAGCUUCUUGAAGAAGAAAAGAAACAGAUGGAACAUGUACAGCGAGUUCUACAAAGACUGAAACUGGAAAAGGACAACUGGCUUUUAGCAAAAUCUACCAAAAAUGAGACCAUCACAAAAUUUUUACAGCUGUGUAUAUUCCCUCGGUGUAUUUUUUCCGCAAUUGAUGCUGUUUACUGUGCUCGUUUUGUUGAAUUGGUACAUCAACAGAAAACUCCAAAUUUUUCCACACUUCUUUGCUAUGAUCGAGUUUUCUCUGACAUAAUUUUCACAGUUGCAAGCUGUACUGAAAAUGAAGCCAGUCGAUAUGGGAGAUUUCUAUGCUGCAUGUUAGAGACUGUGACCAGGUGGCACAGUGAUAGAGCCACAUAUGAAAAGGAAUGUGGAAAUUAUCCAGGAUUUCUUACUAUAUUACGGGCAACUGGAUUCGAUGGUGGAAAUAAAGCUGAUCAACUAGACUACGAAAAUUUUCGACAUGUUGUACAUAAGUGGCAUUACAAACUAACUAAAGCAUCAGUACAUUGCCUUGAAACAGGUGAAUAUAUUCACAUUAGGAAUAUCUUGAUUGUGCUAACAAAAAUACUUCCUUGUUACCCAAAAAUUUUAAAUCUGGGUCAGGCUUUGGAGAGAAGAGUACAUAAAAUCUGCCAAGAAGAAAAAGAGAAAAGGCCUGAUCUAUAUGCAUUAGCUAUGGGCUACUCUGGGCAGUUGAAAUGUAGGAAGUCCUACAUGAUACCUGAAAAUGAGUUUCAUCACAAAGACCCCACUCCGAGGAAUGCAGUUGCCAGUGUACAAAAUGGGCCCAGUGGUGGGUCUUCUUCAUCUUCCAUAGGAAAUACAUCUAAAUCUCAUGAAAGUAGUGCUGAAGAAAAUGAUAAAUCAAGGGAGAGAUCUCAGUGUAGCAUGAAACCUAUAAGUAAAGCUUCUAGUGCCACACUGAAAGUCAAUUCAAGCAACGGCAAUAGUGGCUUUAAUAGCAGCAAAAACAGUAAAGAAAAUGACAAAGAGAAAGGGAAAGAAAAAGAAAAAAGAGAAAAGACACCAGCUACUACUCCAGAGGCCAGGGUACUUGGUAAAGAUGUUAAAGAAAAACCAAAGGAAGAACGGCCAAAUAAAGAUGAAAAAACAAGAGAGACGAAAGAAAGAACACCUAAGACUAACAAAGAGAAAGAAAAAUUCAAGAAGGAAGAAAAAGCUAAAGAUGAGAAAUUCAAGACCACUGUCCCCAACAUAGAUUCAAAAUUGACUCAAGAAAAGGAAAUAGAGAAGGAGUCAUUUAGAGAAAGAGAUAUAGCAAAGGAAAUAAAAUCAAAAGAAAAUGUUAGAGGAGGAGAAAAAAGACCGAUUUCUGGGCCCUUGAAGUCACCUGUUUCCCGAUCAGAUAUCAUUGAGCCUGAAAGGGAACAAAAACGUCGUAAAAUUGAUAUACAUCCUUCUCCAUCACAUACCUCAACAAUAAAGGACAAUCUCAUCGAACUCAAGGAGUCUUCAGCAAAGCUCUACCUUAAUCAUACUCCUUCACCACUAAUCAAGAAUAAGGAGAGAGAAACAGACAAAAAAGAUUUGGACAAGUCAAGGGAACGAUCCAGAGAAAGAGAGAAAAAAGAUGAAAAGGACAGAAAAGAACGGAAAAGGCAUCACUCAAACAAUGACCGGGAAGUGCUACCGGACUUAACCAAGAGGCGAAAAGAAGAAAACGGAACAAUGGUUUCAAAACACAAAAGUGAAAGUCCAUGUGAUUCUUCCUAUCCUAAUGAGAAAGACAAGGAAAAAAAUAAGUCAAAAUCUUCAGGCAAAGAAAAAGGCAGCGAUUCAUUUAAAUCUGAAAAGAUGGAUAAAAUCUCCUCCAGUGGCAAAAAGGGUAUAUACAGACCCCUCAGUUGAAGGUCUAGAGGAGGAUUCCAAAGCUCUAUGCAUCACUCUCAGAACAGUAUCUCCCAUAAUUAAGAGCUCCUGGUGUUGUCCAUUUAAGAGGAAAUCUGCUUUAAGUCAGAAGAUGAAUAUAACCUACCUUCCUCUAGACAAAACAUUCCCAAGUCGCCAGUUGUCAGGACAUUAUUUUCACCUCUAGACAGUUCCUUGCAGCAAGGUUCCUGUGUAUACAAUUUUUAUUUGAAAUUCGCCAUCCAGAAGCAGCAUCUGAUGAAAAUUUCAUCCUUCUCAGAAAAGAGGGGAAAUCACCUCCAGGGACUAGUUCCUUAAUGAUGUAAAUAGACUGCAUUUAUGUGCAAACUCCUAUACGUUUGACAAUAUUGAAAUGAUUGAUUGUAUUACUUGAGGAUUUGGGCUUCUUG